CAUGCUAUAUAUUCAAAUUUCUCUCUCUAUAAAGAAAAAAAUAAAAUCCUGAAUCUUAAAUGGUCACUGGAAGCUUCUACUUUUGCUACUUUGAUGAUCUUGUCUUUCAUUGGAUUUAGAAUUUAAAAAGUUUAAAAUUUUAUUCAUGAGCAAGAGGAGGAGGUACCAAUGGAUCACAUUCUUAUGAGAGAAGUUGUGAUUGAUAUUGAGUCUGAUGUAAAUAUGAGCCGAGAAACAAGAAGCCCCGACCUUUUGGAUGCCAAACUCGGGAAGAUUUCUUCUGAUAAGGUCGGCAGUGCAGCAGUAAAUUUAGAUGGACCGGUCAGGGGUGGAAAUGGGGCGAGCUUGAGCAGAAAUGUGAAAAAUUUGAGCGAUGUUUCUCUGGUUCUGGAGAAGAACGUAAGGAAGGAAAAGCGCAAGUCAAAUAGUGCCAAGAAGCCGCCUAAACCUCCUCGUCCUCCAAGAGGAUUGUCACUGGAUGCUCCUGAUCAGAAGCUGAUCAAAGAGAUUGCUGAGCUUGCGAUGAUUAAACGUGCAAGAAUCGAGCGAAUAAAGGCGUUGAAGAAAAUGAAAAGAGCAAAGCACUCCUCCAUGUCAUCAUCAACUGGAAACUUGAUUGCCAUUCUAUUCACUCUUCUCUUCUGUAUUGUGAUCAUUCUUCAAGGAAUGUCCCCUGGAAAUAAUGCAGCCGCUGGCUUCCAUGGUUCACCUGAGACAAAUGUGGGACCAGAGAGUGGUUUCAUUGUGGUUCACGACCACCAAAAUAUUUUGUAAUCUGGCGGAACUGGCACCUAGUUCAGAUAUCAAGGGUAAGGGGAAUAGAGACAUCGGGUAAAGUGGAAUUACAGUUAGAAAGAAGCUCAAGUACACUAGUGAUACAACACGUAGAGACUGCAAGAUCACGGACUAUAUUCAGUUGCUGAUCGUUAUAGACUAAUAUUGUGCCUUCUGAUAUCAAAACUGGAUAGGUACGAGUCCCUCGUACAGAGUUUAAUACUAAAAGGGAGAAAGAAAUUUGUCAUAAAGAAGUUGCCACAGCAGUUACUCAGGCCUUUCGAAUGGUUUCUUGGUUGGGUUUCGAUCUAGUAUUUCCUUAUUUUAGCUAGCAUUGUGUGAACCGUAGGUUAUAUCAUACAAAAUGUUUGAGACCUUUUUCGUGUUAAAUCAAGUUUUUUCAUUCAUUUUACUUGUUUAUUGACGAUAUAACGAGAGUUUUUUCUUCAUAUAUAUAAAAUAAUUAUUUUUUU